AUGGGAAUCAUCAAACUCGACUGCCUAGCCGUCAAUCCAAAUAACACAAUCGUUUACGGAAUCGGUAGCGCCUACAUUGACGGCAUCAACAACUUCACUCGCGAAGAUGCCUCCCUCCUCCUCGUCCGUUCAGAACUCAACCUAACCUCCUUCAAAAGAAUCAAAUGGAUAAUCGUCUCCAUAGUCCAGGCCAAGGAAUUUCCUUACUUCUGGGCCCAGAGCACUGAUUUCGUCGACUGUGCCGUCUCUCGGACGGGCAUCUUUACCGCCCUGGCAGUCCAAAAACCCACGUAUAAAAACUAUGGUUCGACCGUGUGGACCGGUAUCAAGUUUGAUCCAGCAUCGGGUGUCAAGGGCGCUAAUGGUAGCAGUCAAGUCGGUGGAUCAUCGGGAUGGGAACCGUUUGGAGCUGGGAACGAUUACCUCAAUGCGGGCUACUUUAUGUCACAUGCAGCUAUUUAUUAUGACCAAAGAGUCAAAGUCCAAGGAGGACCGGCUGAGGGUGUUGUGAAGGAGAGGUUCAUUCAUGCCGUUAUGAGAGGAGACGGGAAGCUCCUAUUUGGAUCCUAUGGGCCUAAUGACUCGCUCUCGAAUGAUACCUUCGCCUCAUGGAACAUGAACAGUUCCCUUCCCUUUCCCCAGACGCCAAAGCUUAUGAGCCUCGGUCAAGGCUACGCCCACGUCUACCGCGAGGAAGCAGGCACAAUCACAUCCUACCCCCUCACCGACGUAAAUGCUUCCAUUCCUAGCUACAUCUCCACCAAUGCCUUACCGGGUCUGACCCUCAAACAUAUCAUCCCUGGAGUUCGCAACGGCAUUUCGUUCCUUGCAUGCAUUGGUGAUAAUUCUAUGUACUUCAUAUCCAACUUGCUCGAAACAAACAACACAAUCACCACACCUAAAACCUCUCAAAUCUACCCCAUCACCACCACCAACUCGACCUCGACCUCUCUAUCAACACCCCUCCGCCCCUACCUCUUCGUCACUUCCCAAUAUAACACCACUGACUCCCCAAUUGAAAUCUCCUACUCCUCCCCCGUCAUCCAAAACACCUUCCACUUCGGAAUCUCUCUUUCCUCCGAAGGACACAUCUAUGGAAUCAACCUCUCCGGAAACUCGUCUUCCAACACAUUCGGUCGGACAGAAAAUGCGGGCGCGGUGUGGGUGAAUGCGCCGUAUGAUAGUCAUUUUGGAAUCGCAUUGGCACCGCCAUGGGAUAUGCCUGAAGAGCAAUACUCGCGGGGGCGUGUGGGAUGA